AAUUUCUCUUCUUUCCCACAACUUGUAGGUCAGAGAAGCAGAGCUUGGAAUGCAGCCUGUUGGAGGCUCAGCAGCAGGUAUUGAAGCUGGAGAUCACCAGGAGCCACCUGGAAGGCCAAGUUCGCACAGCCAUGCAGGCCAAGGAGGUGAUACUUGAGGAUGUGAGGGGCCUUCGUCGGGAGCUGCAAGCUCUAAGAUCUCUCAGCCAGCAGCAACUGGAAGAAAUGGCUCAGCAGCUCCGCUCUGCAGAAGAGCAGUUCAGCCAGGGUCUGAGACAAUGGCAAUCUGCUCAGGAAGAGGAAAAGAGGAAGCUCCUGCAAGAACAGGAAAGGCAGCUGGAACAACAGCGUUUGGAGGCUUGGGAGCAGCUGGAGCAAAGGGAGAACCUGGUGGCAGAGGUACAGAGGGAGCAGGAGAAAAGGUUGCUUGAGAUGAAGCAGGAAGUUGCCAUCUUGCAAGCGGAACAAGAAGAGAUAAGAACUAGAGCCAGCCAAGAGGCAACGCGUGUGCAAAGAGAGUUUCUGUGUUGUUUUGGGCUCCUCUGGGCUCCUUGUGGGCACUGCUUUCCUGGACACUGUCUGGGUGGGAUUGUCCCUUAGCUGUCCCUAGUUCAACAAGAGAAAAAGAGCAAAAUGCU